GGAGAGAGAGAGGGAGAUAGAGAGGGAGAGAGUAGUGAUAUUUAUGUACUCCCACUAGUUGUGUAUCACAUGAAUGGUAUAUAUAUGACAAUGCAAUAAAGUAGGAAGAAAGAGGUGAGGAGGUGAGGGGAAUUUGGUGAAGUUGGUUUUUGUCAUUUUAUUUUUUUAGCUUAUAGAAUUAGGUGAAAUGGGGAGAGGUAGGGUUGAGCUGAAGAGGAUAGAGAACAAGAUCAACAGGCAAGUGACCUUUGCAAAGAGAAGGAAUGGGCUUUUGAAGAAAGCUUACGAGCUUUCGGUUCUUUGCGAUGCCGAGGUUGCUCUCAUCAUCUUCUCCAAUAGAGGAAAGCUGUACGAGUUCUGCAGUAGUUCCAGCAUGCUCAAAACACUUGAGAGGUACCAAAAGUGCAACUAUGGAGCUCCAGAGCCAAAUGUAUCCACCAGGGACGCCCUGGAGCUGAGUAGUCAGCAGGAGUAUUUGAAACUUAAAUCACGUUAUGAAGCCCUACAACGAUCUCAAAGGAAUCUCCUGGGUGAGGAACUUGGUCCUCUAAACAGCAAGGAACUUGAGUCACUGGAACGACAGCUUGAUAUGUCCCUGAAGCAGAUCAGAUCAACAAGGACCCAGUACAUGCUUGAUCAGCUCACUGAUCUUCAAAGAAAGGAACAUGCGCUUAAUGAAGCAAAUAAGAGCUUGAAGCAAAGGCUGUUUGAAGGGGCCCAAUUGCAAGUGAACUCACUCCAAUGGAAUCCAAGUGCACAAGAUGUGGGUUAUGGCAGCAGACAAGCAGCUCAACCACAGGGGGAUGGUUUCUUUCAUCCUUUGGAGUGUGAACCCACUUUACAAAUUGGGUAUCAAACUGAUCCCAUAAUAGCAGCAGGACCCAGUGUCAAUAACUACAUGCCAGGAUGGUUGCCGUGAUAAAGUAAUAUAAGAUCCGCCCAUGGUAGGGAACGUUAAUUCCUCUCAUAGGAAUCAGCAACUUUAAUCUCAUCGUAAUUUUGUAUGUUGUUUGACUGCAAAAAAAAAAAAAAAAAAAGAAGAAGAAGAAGAAAAAGGAAGAAUAUGUGUAAUAUGUUUGAGAAAACCAUAAACGAUCAAAACUGUUUCAGUGGGAGGAAAUUAUAAGUAUUAUUAAUUGUUUGUGUGAAAUACUACUCAGCACUGAACCGUAUGCUUCGUUUGUGAAAGCAGAAUAAUUUGUUACUCCUAAAAGUAAUUAUGUCUUGUUGUAAUUGUGUUUAGUUUA